UUCCUCUCUCUGGGGGUCUUCACAUCGCGAGAUCGGAUCGAAUUAGGGUUUCGUGAUGGGAUCGAAGGAUGAGAAAGCAGAGUCCGGCGGGUUCUUCUCGGCGAUCCGCAGCUGGGGGAGCGCGGUUCAUAAAUCGGUCAAUGGAUUAUUGGGUUAUGAAGGACUUGAAGUGAUAAAUCCAGAAGGAGGCACAGAUGAUGCUGAGGCUGAAGCAGCAAAAGGAAGAUGGAAGCAAGAGGAUCGGGAUAGCCAUUGGAAGAUGAUGCAAAAAUAUAUUGGAUCGGAUGUGACAUCCAUGGUGACACUUCCGGUUAUAAUUUUUGAGCCCAUGACGAUGCUGCAAAAAAUGGCGGAGUUGAUGGAGUAUUCUCACCUGCUAAAUCUGGCAGAUGAAUGUGAAGACCCUUAUAUGAGAUUGGUCUAUACUUCUUCAUGGGCGAUAUCAGUUUACUAUGCCUAUCAGAGAACAUGGAAGCCUUUCAAUUCCAUCCUUGGAGAGACUUAUGAGUUUGCUAAUCAUAAUGGAAUUACUUUUAUUGCUGAACAGGUGAGCCAUCAUCCUCCUAUAGCUGCAGCACAUGCUGAGAAUGAACAUUUUACUUACGACAUCACUUCCAAAGUGAAGACAAAGUUUUUAGGGAACUCUGUAGAAGUCUAUCCUGUUGGAAGGACAAGGGUGACACUUAAAAAGUCUGGUGUUGUAGUGGGUUUGGUGCCACCUCCGACAAAGGUAAAUAACCUUAUAUUUGGGCGCACCUGGAUCGAUUCACCCGGUGAGAUGGUCAUGACAAACUUAACAACUGGUGACAAAGUUGUACUAUACUUUCAACCAUGUGGCUGGUUUGGGGCUGGACGAUAUGAAGUGGAUGGUUAUGUGUAUAAUUCAGAAGAAGAACCAAAAAUGCUGAUGACAGGAAAAUGGAAUGAGUCAAUGAGUUACCAACCUUGCGACAUGGAAGGAGAGCCUCUUCCUGGCACUGAAUUAAAAGAGGUCUGGAGAGUUGCUGCUGCACCAGAGAAUGACAAGUUUCAAUAUACCCAUUUUGCACAUAAAAUCAACAGCUUUGACACAGCUCCCAAGAAGCUCCUACCAUCAGAUUCUAGAAUGCGGCCUGAUAGAUAUGCACUAGAGAAAGGUGACAUGUCCAAGUCUGCUUCUGAAAAGAGCAGGUUGGAGGAGAUGCAGAGGGCAGAGAAAAGAACCAGAGAGGCCAAAGGCUUGCCGUUCAAGCCAAAAUGGUUCAAUAUGACCGAAGAAAUUGUAACCACGCCUUGGGCUGAGCUCGAAGUUUAUGAAUACAAUGGGAAAUAUGCUGAGCACAGGGCAGUUGCAGAUAGCUCAACUUCUAGUGUGGAACAGGAUAUCACUUCCAUUGAGUUCAAUCCAUGGCAAUUUGAUAAUAGCUCAAUUGAAUGAGUUAUUUGGUUUGUAUUCAACUCCCUUAUUUGAAGGUUUAUUCUUUGUGGUUUAGCAGAUUUUUAUAGUAGUUUUUGUGGGUUUAUGUAAAAAGUUUAUGGUUGGUUAGUUAUUAGUUUUCCUUCCAAAACUUGAACCUUAAAUAUUUAUUUUCCUUGUACCGCAUCGUAGCAUUUAAAUGCCGGUAAAGUGUGGGGGUUUCAUUGUGUUAAAUUGAAUAAUAUUUUUCUAGCAGAAA